UAUUUUCUUACAUGCUCAAAAAAAAUAUUCAUUCAUCAAAUAUUGAUCAAACCCUAAAGAGAGUUAAACAUGGCAAGAGAAGGUUUAGGACUUGAAAUAACCGAGCUAAGGUUAGGUUUAUCAUGCGGUGAUCAACCAAAGAAUGAGAAGAAGAGGAAGUUCUCGGAGAUCGAGUGUGGCGGGGAAGGAGAUGGAGGCUCCGGUGACCGGAAAAGUGUUGAUAAGAAGAAUCAAGUUGUCGGGUGGCCUCCGGUGUGCUCGUACCGGAAGAAGAACAUGAAUGAAGGUUCAAAAAUGUAUAUGAAGGUUAGUAUGGAUGGAGCUCCUUACUUGCGUAAGAUUGAUCUUGGUUUGCAUAAGGGAUACUUGGAGUUGGCUUUGGCUUUGGAGAAGCUCUUUGAUUGUUGUGGAAUUGAAGAGGCAUUGAAGGAUGCAGAAAAUUGUGAACACGUUCCAAUUUAUGAAGACAAAGAUGGUGAUUGGAUGCUGGUCGGAGAUGUCCCGUGGGAGAUGUUUAUUGAGUCAUGCAAGAGGCUGAGGAUUAUGAAGAGGUCAGAUGCAAAGGGCUUUGGUUUGCAACCAAAAGGGUCUUUGAAGAGAUUCAUAUAGAAAGUGAAAGAUAUGUUAGGCUUCUAAACAAUGAAAAAGAUUGUCAAUUUGGAUUUAUGUUGUUCUUUUAUUAUAUUUGAGAAGCAUCCCUUUAUACUAUAGUUUGAUAUGAAUGAACUAGGGUUUUAUUA